GUCCAAUACCGUGAGAAAUAAUGCUUAAGGUCGUAGAAAAGAUAAUUCAACUGUUGCGGCCCAGGAUAUGUCAAUUCACGCAGUCCAAUAAGAACAUUUCCAAGCAUUUAUAUGAGAAGGCUAGAGCGGAGGAGAAUAUUCAUUUCCUUAAACUGCAAAGAGAGCAGCUGAAGUCCUUGCGAGAAAAGAUUCUCAGCCAGAAGAACGAAGUCACGACGAAGAUCAUUAAAGUGGAUCAACAGAUACAAUCGUUGGAAAAAUCUAAAACAGAAGAUAAUUCGAAUACAUAAAAAAAUCCAUUGUGCAUUCAAGGCAAACAUUAGAACCAUGAUGGAAAUUAAAUAGUGUGGCAGAAACCGUAA